GGCGCAGAGGUGAAGCACGGCCGCAGCAGUCGACCAUGUCGUGUGCCAUCGAGAACGUGAACGACUUGACGGCGCUCGUGCAUCUGGACGAAGAGUCCAUCCAGAAGACCCUGGAGCUGCGGUUCCAGGAAAAUCAGAUCUAUACGACAACCGGGUCGAUCCUCGUCGCGCUCAACCCGUUCGAGAGCCUGCCGCUGUACUCCCCGACGACGAAGUGCUCGUAUAUUGCACAUGGAAGUCGCGUGGCGGCAGGUGAGAAGCUGGACAAAAUGCCCCCGCAUGUGUACUCGAUCGCAGACAAAUCCUACCGUGACAUGCGCCUGUCGAGCAGUCCGACGGCCGAUCAGUCCAUCCCGCCCAACCAAAGCAUCCUCGUGAGUGGCGAGUCUGGUGCCGGCAAGACAGAAACGACCAAGAUCGUGAUGGAAUAUUUGGCGUCUGUGUCGGCCGAAGCCACACACGACACGUCCGUGGACCACAACCUCGUCCGCAGCCGCGUGUUAGAAUCGAAUCCGAUCCUGGAAGCGUUUGGGAAUGCGCGAACGAACCGCAACAACAACAGCAGUCGGUUCGGCAAGUUCAUUCGGCUCGGCUUCAACUCGUCCGGUGUGUUGCUCGGCGCGUCCAUCUCGACAUACCUAUUGGAACGCGUACGGCUCGUGACCCAAGCCAAGGGCGAGCGCAACUACCACAUCUUUUACGAACUCAUCCGGGGAGGUCCCAAGGACCUCGUUGCAGACUUGGGACUGACCGACUUGGCAGAUUUCAAGUACUUGAACCAGAGCGAGUGUUUUGACCGGCAGGACGGCGUCGACGACGCAUCCCAGUUUGUCAAGACAACCCACGCCAUGACGACUAUCGGCAUGAGCGAGGAAGAGCAAGCGGCGGUCAUGCAACUUGUGGCGGCCGUGCUCCACUUGGGCAACCUCAAAUUUGAGGCUGUCCCUGGCCACGAAAGCAACGCAUCGCGCCUGGUCGAAUCGUCGACAGUGAACCACUUGUGCACUUUGCUCGGCGUGUCAAGGGACAGUCUCGAGAAGAAUCUGUGCACGAAAGCCAUCAAGACGGGCCGGGAGAUGCUCAUGACGUCGCUGGACGUCAAGAAGGCCGAGGAUUGCAAGGAAGUCUUGGCCAAAACCAUCUACGGCCGUCUCUUCGACUGGCUCGUGGAUCGGAUCAACGACUGCAUGAACUACGAGGACACGAGCGUCGCCGAGGUCGACUCGACGCUGCGGUUCAUCGGGAUCGUCGACAUUUUUGGCUUUGAAAUCUUCCCUGUCAAUUCCCUCGAGCAGCUCUGCAUCAACUUUGCCAACGAAAAGCUCCAGCAGCUCUUCACCAAGUACGUGUUUGAGAUGGAACAGGAAGAGUACAAGGCGCAGGAGAUUCCGUGGACCGACAUAGAUUUCCCCAACAACCAGCUCGUGGUAAACUUGUUCGAGUCACGCAAUGGCCUGUUCAAGCUCCUGGACCAGCAGUGCAUCUUGUCCACUGGGACGGACGCCGCGCUCGUUCGGUCCUACUACAACGCGUUUGCCAUCCACCCGAGCUUUGCCGCGUCGAAGCUCCAGCAGGGGAAGCAGCUCUUCACGGUCCUGCACUACGCCGCCCCCGUCGUGUACACGAUCGACGGCUUCUGCGACAAGAACAAGGACCACAUCCACGACGAAGCCAUCGAGCUCCUGUCUGGCUCGGCCGACACCUUUGUCAAGGCCAUGUUCCAAGACUACUUUUUACUCCUCGCGGUCGAAACCCCCGCCGUCGCGGUCGACCCGAACCGGCCGCGCCGAUCGUCUGGCAUCAUGAGCUCGUCCGUCGUCAUGAAAUUCCAGCGACAAAUGGGCAACAUGCUCGAGGUCCUCCAAGCCACGUCUCUCCACUUCAUUCGGUGCAUCAAACCAAACGACGCACUCAAACCUCUCGAGUACGACCACGCCCGCGUCCUCGAGCAACUCCGGUGCAGCGGCGUCGUUCAGGCGGCGCAGAUCUCCCGAACGGGGUACCCGAUUCGAUUCCCCCAUGCCACGUUUCUGUGGCAAUAUCGAUUGCUUUGUCCGAUGCGGUUGCCGCUCACGAUGAUGGUGCCGUACUUGGUGAAGACGUUCAAAUUGGUCGACCCGGCGGACUCGCGGCCUCCGAUCCAAGUCGGGUUGUCCAAAGUAUUCCUUGUUUUCUCGGCUUACGACACCCUAAACCGCGAGUCCCAGCGCCGACUGUCCAAGUCGGUUGUCGUGAUUCAAAAGUCCAUGCGCGGCGCCAUGGUCCGCCGAUGGGUCCAGCGCGAAAAGAAGCGGAUUGUCGUCGUGCAAUCGCUUGUCCGUCGGUUCUUGGCCAAGAACCUUCUCUUGCGCCUCCGAGAAACCGAGCGCCGCCGCCGGGAACAAGCCGAGCGCGAGGCGCGUGAACGGGCUCGUCAGGAGGAGCUGCUUCGCCAGAAGAAACUUGCCGAAGAAGCUGAAGCCGAACGCCUUCGUCAGCAAAAACUCGCCCAGGCAGCCGAGGCCGAGCGUAUUCGCCAGGAAGCGGCGGCUGCAGCGGCCACACUGAAGCAGGCCGAGGACGACGCGAACGCAGCCACUGUCGCCGCCGCGUUGAAGACAGCGUCGUUGGAAACCAAGGCCGCCGUCGAACCGCACGCGGUGGCCCCGCCGCCGGUGCCUGUGAUCAAGCCAACCCCGUUUUUGAACCCGCAAAUUUCGUUUGAGGAGUUUGACGACGAGCAAUAUGAAGUCACGUGGGAAGAAGGCAUGUUGGGGUUGUACUUUGGCAAGGACGACGCGACAGGACUGCCGAUUGUGCGCCGCAUCCACUUGCAGUUGAGCCAGUGCCGCGACAUCCGCAACGUCCGCGUGAACGACCUGCUUCUGCAGAUCGGCAACAAGGAGCUGGUCGCGCAUGAGUCGCUCAAGCAAACGCUCGAGUACCUCGGUUCGAUUCCCAAGCCCGUCGUGAUGGUGUUUCAGCGCCACGGCCACGAAACCGCGCACGACUUGGCCGACAACGAGUUUGAAGUGCUGUGGGGCAAGAACGAGCCGCUCAAAGUGAGUUUCCGCAUGUCGAUGGAGUACCACAUGCCGUAUGUAAGCAACGUGCUCAACCAGUUGUACGUUCCGUCGGCGCAAGUGCGCAGCGGCGACCUCCUCACGCACAUCAACGACAAAGCGACGUUGAAAAAGUCCCAAGUCGAAGUGAAUCGCAUGCUCACGCAGGAGCCUAAACCGUGCGUGCUUCGGUUCCGCCGCCUCGAACCCGGUUUGGAACCCACGCCCCACUCGAAACGCAACAGCUAUGCCAGUGGCACCACUCUCCGCGAUUCCACCAUGAGCUUUGCCGGCAACAACAUGAGUUUCGCGGGCAGCUUGAGCUCGCGCGGUAACGACGUGUCUGUCAUGGGUGUGCCGGCGUCGUCUGGUCUGAACAUGGUCGACCCCAACGCCACGCAGUACUCCAUCACGUGGCAGGACGAGGACGGUCCGCUCGGUCUUGUCAUCGCCCCACGUCUGGAAAACUACAUUGAGGUGGUCCAAGUCAAGGACGAGGGCGCCGCGUACGCGGCUCGUCAGCGCCAUCGCGUGUCCAAGGGCGACUUGAUGCUGUUUGUCAACCAAGAAGACAUUCGGGACCUCGGGUUUCAACGAGCGAUGCAUGUUCUCAAAACAGCGCCCAAGCCGAUCGUGAUCACGUUCCAAAAGGCGUUGUCGUUGUCCCCGGCGGUGGACCCAGGGAAUGGGUACAGCAUCCACCGAGCUAGCAUGUCCAAGUAGGCGCGCCAUGUAACUUAUAUCGUGUCUGUAUUGUGUGGCCAUCUUGCAUUGGUUCGAUAUCGCAACGCACGCCAUGUAUCAUCUCCUUUGCGAACCCACCGGCAACGAGACACGCCCGUCGAGUACACGACAUGCUGCUGUGUGGGCCGUUGGAGCACCUCAACCAAGCGUCGUAUCAAUGGACACACUUGCCAGAGUGAACUGGUCGACACGGACCAUGGCGUUGCUUCUCCUUGUCUGCUAGAACCUGCUCCCGUUGCUCUGCCGCGAUGGUCCGAGGGUUUGGUACCACAGGCAUCCAUUUGUCCGUAGAGGCGUAUGGCAUCCGCCACCGAC